GGAGUCUGUUGCCUGGGAACCAAUGUCUUCUUAGAACUGCUUUAAAGAUAUAUGUUUUUGUUCCUGGGAAUAAAGUGAAAGUAAGAGAUCAGCCAGUUUAAAAGAAGACCCCUUUUUUCAGGGAACAAUGUCACGCAACACCAAGCCUCGAGGUGAGAAGGGUCGAGUGACUUCAGCUCAGCCUCCACCUCCAACUCAAGCUGAGGACAUGGAGGACAGUGUAGACCCAGAAUUUCUGGCCAAGUCUGAGCUUCUGACCAUGAUAGCUCAGGAAGAAGGAGAGGAAAUUGUGGCAGAUAUCCUGGAUGAGCUCAUGACCCAUGUUUUGGAGAAGUGUUAUGAAGUGUAUCUUAAGAAACAGAUAAUACCAUUUACUGUGGCCUGGGCAAAGAAUACCAUGUUCCAGCUGGCAAAGUGGCAGCACCUUAUGCGUGAUGAAGGUGAUGAUGCAGACACAACCUCAAUCCUGCAUGAAGACACAGCACCUGCGCCUUCAGUUCCAGAUUCCUGGGCCGAAGGCUGUGUGCCGGUUAUCAGAAUCUCAAAUCAUUUACAGGGGGUUAAGAUUGAUGCUCAAGAAGCUGAAGUUAAAAAGCCACAGAAAAUACAGGAAGUCCAGUCAAUAAACCAAACAGAUGCUCCCCCAAGGAAACCGAGACGAAACGGCAGGAGCAUAAAAGUAAUCACUGCAUCUCAUGCAAAGAUAGAACUGGAAAGAAAACCACAUCCACCUGAGACACCUUCGCCAAACAAACUGAAGCCUCCAGAAACACCGAAUAUAUUGCAGUAUUAGGACUUGUUGCUUCAAGACAACCUGGACGUUUUUCCCCACAAGUCCACAAGAUCUAUAGCAAGUGCCUCUGCACAUUCUGUCCUAUGAAAGAAUGAUGCCAAAGAACAACUUUUAGAGGUUGUCUUUCAGAGGACUUGGAAAUACACCCUGAUUUGAGAGUUUCUUAUAUACAAUUAAGAGAUGUCUGCCAACCAAAACAUGCUUUAGUUCAUGGCUAAUGAGAGAUGGCUAAUGUAAGUGCUUAAAUUCUCAGAAAGUGGCUCACAAUAUAACAGACAUUUAAUACUUAUGCACAGAUAAUAAGUUCAGUUUUCAAAGUUUUGGAAAACCUACAGAUCAAAUUGGAUGUUUUGUGUUGACAACUCAAAGACAUAUUGAGUUGUCAAACACAAUUGCUUUAAUGAAAAUAUGUGAAGAAGACAGUAAAAACAGAAAAUAUACUUUCUUGUUUCUUCUAGAGCUUCAAGAUUCAA